CCUCUUGAUCCAUAAUCUAUAAAGAACUUGUAUAGUACAGUGAAUUUCAGUAAGUAUGCACAUUUUUUCUGUUUUUUAGAUUUAUAGUAAUGAUGCUCCAUUUCCAAUGCUUUGAAGCCAAGGACCACUUCCCAUCUGACAGUUAGGAUGUUAACAUUGCUGACUACUGAGGGGUCUGGGUUUUAUUUUUUCACAAAGUAUUCUAUUGAUAAAGACAUUUGAGCCAAAUUUGAAAGCCAACCAUCACAAACUUUAUAUUUUGGUUUACUACUUAAUGUCAAAGUUAUUAAUUUGAUCAAUAUCCAUAAUCAUUUUUAAUGUUUUGAGAAAAGAAUGGAAAUAUGAAUAUAAUGUGACUAGUUGAAGGGACCAUGGAUCUUUGCUUUCAAGGUAGCUUUGUUCAUUCCCUCAAGAACACUUCUGUCUAUUAUCAUAAGCUUGUUGCUUAUAAAGAACAACCUCGGAAGCAUCCUGCUGGCUGUUGGGAGGGAUGGAAGAUGGAGAUGCGUGGACGAUGGUACAGAAGAGCGGGAACCAAUUUGUGGUGAAUGGACAGCCGUUCUAUGUGAAUGGAUUCAACACUUACUGGUUGAUGGUGUUUGCUGCUGAUCAGUCCACAAGGGGAAAAGUUACUGAGGUGUUCCAGCAGGCAUCUGCUGUCGGUCUAUCAGUAUGCCGGACCUGGGCUUUCAACGAUGGACAAUGGCGUGCUCUUCAGAAAACUCCUGCUGUUUAUGACGAAGACGUUUUCAAGGCUCUGGAUUUUGUGGUGAGUGAAGCCAAAAAACUCAAGAUUAGGCUGAUACUGUCACUAGUCAACAACUGGGAAGCAUAUGGUGGAAAAUCCCAGUAUGUAAAAUGGGGUAAAGCUGCUGGCCUGAAUUUGACUUCUGAUGAUGACUUCUUCUCUCACCCCACACUCAAAAGCUACUACAAGGCUCAUGUGAAGGCUGUGCUCAAUAGAGUUAAUACCUUUACUAACAUGACAUAUAAGGAUGACCCUACUAUUUUCAGUUGGGAACUGAUGAAUGAGCCGCGGUGUGAAUCAGAUCCUUCUGGGGAUAAACUGCAGGCUUGGAUACAAGAAAUGGCAGUUUAUGUGAAGAGCAUAGAUCCGAAGCAUUUGUUGCAGAUCGGACUGGAAGGUUUCUAUGGUCCCUCGACUCCUAAUAAAGUUCAGGUCAACCCAAACUCCUAUGCUCAACAAGUUGGAACUGACUUCAUUAGAAAUCAUCAGGUUCUUGGCGUUGAUUUUGCUUCAGCUCACAUAUAUCCUGACUCUUGGAUUUCACAAUCGAUUUCUGAUGCUCAUAUUGAAUUCACCAAGUCAUGGAUGCAAGCACACAUUGAUGAUGCGGAGAACUAUCUCAACAUGCCAGUCGUAUUCUCAGAGUUUGGUGUUUCUGCAAAAGAUCCUGGCUACAAUUCAACUUUCAGGGACACAUUAAUCAGUACAGUUUACAAGACACUCUUGAAUUCUACUAAGAAAGGAGGGGCUGGAGGUGGAAGUCUUUUGUGGCAAGUCUUUCCAGAAGGAACAGAUUACAUGGAUGAUGGUUAUGCAAUAGUACUUUCAAAGGCACUUUCAACCUCAAACAUCGUAUCUCUUCAUUCUAAGAGGCUAAAUACCUACAAUUCCCUCUGCUCUUGGAAAUGCCACUGGGGUUGCAAGAAGAAACAUGUCCUUGACGACUUCCAAUUUCAUGAAGAGCUUUAAACAUGUUGAAGAAGCUAAGGUAUGCGAAUGUUUGCAUGAGCCGUAAAAGACUAAUGUAUCUAAUGUGGAAUAUAAAUUCAGUUCGUCUUGUAAGAAAUAACGAUAAGCCAAAGUGUAUGCACAACUCCAAUAAAGAAAAAAUAGUAUCUAUAUGUAAAGUAUGUUCAUGAAGUUAAUACAACCUGCCUUUGUUGUUGAUUU